UGCGAAGCUGGGAGCCAUCCCUUCGCGGGGGGCUCUGGUUCCUCCGUAGGUUUCCAUUGCGGCUCGCAAAACUACAGACCCAAAGCUGGAACUGACUUCAGAGAUUGCCCCCCACAGCCUUCCCGUUUCCCAGUGGAGAAACUGAGGCCUCGCGAUGAGCGGUUGUCUUCACAAACCCAGCCACCCAGAUCAUACUGGUCCCAAGUUUGACAUCGAUUUGCUGGUUUCUCUUCUGAGGCAAGAAAAUGCAAGAGACAUUUGUGUGAUCAAGGUUCCUCCAGAAAUGAGAUACACUGAUUACUUUGUGAUUGGCAGUGGGACUUCCACCCGGCACUUACAUGCCAUGGCCUACUACAUUGUGAAAAUGUACAAAUACCUGAAAUGUAAAAGUGAGCCUCAUGUUAGGAUUGAAGGGAAGGACACUGAUGACUGGCUCUGUGUGGAUUUUGGGUAUCUGGAAAAUGAAGCUGCAUUUGGGGCACAUUAUAGAUGAGGAAUGAUCAUAUAUGGUGAGUACAAAACCCAAUUACAGAAUUAUUUCUUAGCUAGUACCAGAUACUCCAAAUCAUCAGUGCUAAAGUGAAAGGAAAACAUGAUUUGCCACACUAAAAGAAUAGAAGUGAAAUAUGGCAGAAAUAUACCAGCAGAUAUAAAUGCAGCACCUACCUGUAUUUUAAAAAACAAGUAUUAGAAAAAUCAAAUUUUGCAGAAGAGCUCUGGCCUUAAUUAAGCACAUCUCACAGUGCAAUCCAACCAGAAAGCCAGCCCAUGAUUUUUCAGCAAUUUAAAUUCAUUGUAUGAAAAAAUUAUGUUAGGUGAAAUCAUUGACAAAAAGGGCACUUUUUGGAUAAACUACAAAAUAAACUGGUUUUCUGUGAAUAUUUAGGAAAAGUUUUCAAAAUGUCUAAUUGAUAUGCUGAUCUUCAGAAAAACUUAGUCUGUAGAAAUUCAUCUUGAAAUACAAAUGAGGCAGUGUGUUUUAAAGGGUUACAUAAUGCCCUUCAGAUCAGUGUAGUUAGAUGACGGUGAUCAUCUUAUGAAGGAAAGCAACACAAAAACAGUUCGGAGAGCAGCAUGGCUUCCAAGACCACCCACACAAUUGUACAUCCUGGGCUUUGCCAUCAAGUUAAGGAACGGGUAAAUGAGUUCAGUUUCAAAGGUCAGGUGUUUUCAGUCAUUCAAAUUGCAUUCUCAAAACAUUUUUGAGUUCUCUACCUUUGACUUAUCUUCAAAUAAUUGGGCACAGGGUAUACAGAAAUCCUGCUACAUUCUAUGUGAUAUUUUAAGUGGACUUAAAAAAAUCAUCCAUUGCAUGACAGUGCCAGCCGGGUACAAAGAAAUGUAGCCUUUUGUUAAUUUAAACACUGUCACUAAAUAAAAUCAGUUCUUUUAGAGUUUGCUCAUAGACCAAUUAGUCUGAAGGUUACUAAAACUAAGCAACCUGUAGGACAAGCUAAAGCUUGCUUUUUGCCCGUUGGAAGUCCUACCUCAAUACACUUUCUUCAGGUAGAUAAUCAAAGCACGAAACAUUUAUGCAUUCAGUCAUACAGCUAAACAGAAAACCUGAAGUCUGCUAAAGCCGUUUAACUAGGUGUUCCAAAACCUCCUGCCACCACCACUUUGCUCUGUAAGUACCACCAAAAACAUUCCAACUAUAAACACAGGAAUAACUGGCAUUGCUGCUCUCCAAAUAUAGGCACUGCUCUGUAUCUUUGAACAUUUACUGGGUUUUCAAUAACUGUGUCAGAAGCCUCAAAAAACCUGAAAUUUUCCAGCUUUACUGUCACCAGCCAGAAGUAAAAUUCCUUUUUCACUUAUUUGCCUGUUAGCUGACAGCUGUUAAAUUUUACAUUUUUAAAAAAACUGUUGGACUUUUAUCUUUAUAAAGUAUAU